CUCAAUCACAACUACCAACAACUUUCAAACUCUUUCAUCACUCCAAAUUUCUAAAAAUGGCUUCCGCUAUGACCUUCCCUCAGCAGCAGCAGCAGAGCCUGCCUAUCCAGACUACCAACUCUGGCGCCUCUGUUGACAACAACCUCCUCUCUGCCUUGGCCCAGUAUGUCACCACUGGUGCUCACGCUCGCAGCACCACCGAGCAGGAGAUCCAGGAACUUGCCCAAGAUGCCAUCUCCAAGCCCGGUGGCCGUGCUCACCUGGAAGCUCUGAUUAGCUACGACUGCCCUGAGCACCAGGUCUGGAAGAACCAGGCUUCUGCUGAUGGUACCAUCACCAUCACCAAGACGAACCUCACCGUCAGCCUCGGAGUUAGCACUCUUGAGCUGAACUUUGAGGCUAGUGGUGCGGGUUUCUUUGUUCCCUACAGUGGCUCCCUCAACGUUGGCACCCUCUUCUACAACGAGUUUGCUCAGCUCGCCCCCGGCAAUGCUACCUUCAAGCUCUAUGUUUCUGGACUCGAUUUCUAUGUCAGCAUCUACCGCAACCAGGUCUACAUUGGCAAUUUCCACUUCACCAACAUCACCUUCGUCUUCCCCCCUGGUGGUGUCAACCUGAACGGCAGGAUCAUCUAAAUGUUCUAUGGAGAAUGUCAAGAGCCGCGUUGAUCGCCAUGGCUCAUUGGACUAGAAGUAAUUUUUACUUCAGCUGUUUUUCUUUGUCAUCCUGCUUAGUGUUAGCUUUGU